UGUAUUACAUGCGUAUGCAGGACUGGCGAUAUAAGUUUCGGUUCAGCUGUCAGAUGACAGUAAUAUUUGUUCUGUUGUAGAAUAUACUGAUGAACUAAGUCAAACAGCCAAAUUGAUAUGCAUCAGUGCCCAUGUCUGAAUCUGCAAUAGCCCGAGGCGUUGAAUAAUUGUGAUUAUGCUGCUUAUUCAGUAUUUUAUUUCGUAGGUGUUGUGUGUCAUUUUUGUUAAGAGGUAAAAAUAAGUAUCUAUUUUGCGUGUGUGCGACAAGAUAGAAUAAUUUUUGUGGAAUAGUAAAGACAGUAGCCAUACAUUGUUCACCAACGCAACAUUUCAAACGUGCAGUGACAAAAUAUGGGGAGCAGUCAGCUGUACAGUUUGUCAUGGGGAGAGUUUGGUACGUCGCUUGUAUCUGCCGUUCAGCUACUGAGAUGCCAUGGAGAUCUUGUUGAUGUGACGCUGGCAGCUGGUGGCCGCAGUUUUCCCGCACAUAAAAUAGUCCUCAGCGCAGCAAGCCCAUUUCUUCUGGACCUUCUGAAGAGCACACCUUGUCAGCAUCCUGUGGUCAUGCUUGCUGGAGUGACAGCGCACGAUCUGGAAGCUCUGCUAGAAUUUGUGUAUCGGGGAGAGGUUAGUGUGGAUCCGAACCAGUUGCCGUCUUUGCUUCAGGCAGCGCAUUGUCUGAAUAUUCAGGGCCUGGCGCCAGGGACCUUAAAUGCAGAGACUAUGUACAGCUUGCAUAAACUUGAUGAUAUGCAUCCUUCUCCUGCAUCUCAUGAAGCUCUGUCGAGAGAUGUCAUUAACUCCUUUUUACCGAUAAGGAGGAAGAGAAAAACAAAACGAAGAGAAUCUACAGGAAAUGCCUCAAGCACAGGGUCUAGUGGCUCGAAGUGGGCCCGUCAUGAUAGUCUCUCUGCAGAUUCAGAAAAUCAGCCAGCUAAUCAUCAUCAGAAUUCAUCGCAUUCAUCUCACAUACCAGAGUCUGAUGUCCUCUCUAAUACGGAUACACGUAAGAAUGACGACGGUGAAAGCAGUAAUCAAUCAGCGGAUGAAACAGGUAAUUUUCUCAACUUUCAGAUUUUUCUUGGAAUUUCAUUCCCUGAAAAUAAUUAUUUCCACAUUGAGUACACAUCUCUUCCAAAAGACCUGAGUGACUUCACUUCACCUUUACUCUUGACGCUGUUUGUAUUUCACUCGAGACAGUGUAGUAUUGUAUUGACGAUAACACAUAAUUUCCGAGGAGUGUCGCCUGCGUCGGGAAGUGGCGGUACGAAGAUCCGAGGGGCUUCAGACCAGCCGGGCGCGUGCCCACUGUGUGGAGCACUGCUGCGCCAGGCACGCAACCUGCGACGGCACCUGCUGACGAGCUGCAAGUACCGCAUGUCGGUCGGUCCCGGAGGGGGUCCAGGUGUCGGUGUUGGGGUAGGAGCAGCCUACUCCCAGCAGCCAUCUGCCCUCGAGCCUGAAGUGCAGCUGCAGCAGCCCGCUACGUUUGCAUCACUCCUGCCCGUAGCACUGCCCCAGCCUGGCCGUCCUUCCAGCCCACUGCGACCACUGUCUCUGCAGGUACAUUUGGAAUGGUGUACAGUUCUUUGACUUUUGGAAGGCAUUAUCUGCAUCAUCAAGCUGUCUUACAUUGAAUAAAAAAUGUGUUUACCAAAUAUCAGAAUACCACCAUAA